AUGAUGAGCCAGGUUGCCACGUACGGUGGCCCGGUCAUGAAGAGGGCGCUGGAGAUGCGCGAGGCCUACAUUGGCGAUGGCAAAGGAAACAUGAACGAGCUGCCCGGCUGGGCAUGGCUCGUCUUCUUCGCCGACUUCCUGGUCUUCUUCCCCGUCUUCCUCUACAUCGGCUACACCCUGUCUCACAUCUACCCGACCCUCGCCAUGAUCGAGGACCCCGAGCCACCGCCGUACGAGCCCGUCGACCUGAACGACGACACCGACUCCGUCGCCGAGGACAGCGCGCCGCUCAACGACCGGCCCAUCAAGGUGGACCAGGAGCCCGUCCUCGUCACCGAGUCGCUCCGCCGCAUCAACCGCCUCCUGCUCACCACCGCCGGCUGGACCGCCAAUUUCCGCGGCCUCCCCUGCGCCUUCGUCCUGUCCCUCGCCUCGGGCACCUGCGGGCUCAUCUUCUCCGGCAUCCCCUUCGUGCCUCGCUCCGUCGGCGUCCUGCUGGCCACCCUCGUGACCGUCCAGCUCUCCACCGCUUGGACCCACAUCGUCAUCUCCGCGCCCUCCUCCCAGCGCUUCUACCAGCGCCUGCCGCCCUUCGGCAAGACCUUCGAGGCCACCGUCGUCCCCAUCAUCGCCUACUGGGCCGCCACCCAGCUCGUCGCCUACCUGCCCUUCGGCCUGUCAAUCGUCCUGGGCCUGGCCCGCUGGGACGUUCGCAACCCCACCCAGGUGCCCGAGUACCAGGGCGACGCCGUCUGGAAGUCCCUCCUCAUCGUCAUCAUCGUCGUGGCGGCCAUGGUGUUCCUCGUCAUCCCCGCUCAGGUCGUCUUGGUCCGCGUGCAGGCCAGCCUGCUGCCGCCGGACGAGAACCCGAUCCUCGCCUUCGACAGGUCCUUCGCUGGCAAGGUCGAGCCCCCGGUCGUCGGCGGCAAGGGCUACGUCAACUUCAAGGAUGCCUGGAUGACCUUCUCGCGCCAGAGCUGGAUCCGUCUGUACAAGCUCAUUGGCAAGGUCCUCCUCGUGACCUUCUGCGUCUACAUGGUGGUGAUCGCAAUCGUCGUGCCGGAAUUUAUGAUGAUGAUUAAGGCGAGCAAGCCUGUUGACUCCAACUAG